GUCGCAUUGCGCUGCAACUUCUCAAAAGACACGGGACGCGGGUGCAGCGCGCGCCAAUUUCCAACCAUGAACCCGUCGCUCCCCGUCGCCUCUGCCAUCAGUGGCGUGGAGUUCCAAUUCUUCUCCGCGCAAGACGUCCGAACCGUCUCGGUGAAGCGCAUAUCCAAUCCGACCACCUUUGACUCCCUCCUGCACCCAGUCCCGGGAGGUCUGCACGAUGCUGCCUUGGGAGCUUUCCUAGACAACAUAUGCGCAACAUGCGGCCUCACCACCAUGAACGGCUGCCCGGGCCACUGCGGACACAUCGAGCUUCCCGUUCCCGUCUACCACAUCAGCUUCCUCGAUCAGCUUCUGCGCGUCCUCCGAGGAAAGUGCUGUUACUGCCACAACUUUAAACUCUCCCGCGCCCAGGUCAACGAAUACGCUGCAAAACUUCGACUCCUGCGGCACGGCUUGAUAGAGGACGCGAAUGGCAUGCAUGAGCACGUUGACGCCAACAAGGGGAAGACCAGCAAGCAAGUCGACUCAGACGAUGACGAGCAGGACGAGGAUGGCAUCAUUGCCGAGCGGAAUAGCUAUGUCAAAAAGUGCAUGAAGCGCGCGGGCAUCUCCAAGCAUGAUGCGCACUCGCGGAGCAAGAUGACCGAGGCCGUUUCCGACGCCAGGCGCCAAGUCAUCAAAGACUUCUAUGGCGCUAUUUCCGUGGGCAAGAAGUGCAAGAACUGCCAGGGUGUCAAUCCCACCUUCCGCAAGGACCGAAGCGUCAAGAUCUUCCGCAAGAACCUCAGUGAGAAGGAGAGGGUGCAGAUGGCCACAUUGGAGAAGAGGAUGGAGAACCCGCUCGACAUUCUGCGACGGAGAGACGAGAGGGCCAAGAAGCAGACCGUACACGAUGACGAGGGCGUUGCAGACCUCUCCGAGGAGGACGACAUCGCCGACAUGCUCGAUGCGCAAGAGGCCGACGGCUCCUUGGUGGCAUCUGAGUCCAUGACAGCUUCCAAGACAAAGACAAAGUCCGCAGCGGCUGCGCGCGACAACGUCCAAGAAUACAUCAACGCCUCGGAAGUCCACGCGCACAUGGUGCUGCUGUUCGAGAAUGAAGCCGAAAUCCUGCGACUACUCUACAGCCCCUACGCGCAUUCCAAAGCAUCAAUGGCCGAGGUGAAUGCGGAUAUGUUCUUCUUCAGGAACGUCAUAGUCCCGCCCAACAAAUACAGGAUGGAAGACAAGACUGGAGACUCCAUUGCUGAGAACCCGAGGAACUCACUCUACAAGAACGUUUUGAAUGCUUGCGAGUCGAUGCGUCAGAUCACCCGAGAGAUGCGCGGAGCGGAGAAUGAAGCAGGCUACAGGCGACGCGAUUUCGGCGACCUGCAAAACAUCUGGGUCACUCUCCAGGGUGCUGUCAACUCGCUGGUCGACAAGGAUGCGAACCCGGCGUCCGGCCUUGCUGGGAAGAACAGUGCAGAUGGUGUCAAGCAGCUCCUGGAGAAGAAAGAAGGUCUCUUCCGCAAGAACAUGAUGGGCAAGCGCGUCAACUUCGCCGCUCGAAGUGUCAUCUCUCCGGACCCCAACAUUGAAACCAACGAGAUUGGUGUACCACCUGUAUUCGCACAGAAACUGACCUUCCCGGAACCCGUUACGAAUCACAACUUUUACGACAUGAAAGAGGCUGUGCUGAACGGACCCGACAAAUGGCCGGGAGCUGUCGCUAUUGAGAACGAGUACGGCCAAGUCGUUUCAUUAAGGAAGAAGAACUACGAAGAGCGACAAGCCUUGGCUAACCAAUUGCUUGCGCCUUCCAAUGCUUUCUUGAACGGAUCCAAGAACAAGAAGGUUCAUAGGCAUCUCGUCAACGGCGACGUGGUCAUUAUGAACCGUCAGCCAACACUCCACAAGCCUUCCAUGAUGGCACAUCGUGCUCGCGUUCUACCUGGCGAAAGGACGAUCCGCAUGCACUACGCCAACUGCAACACAUACAACGCCGAUUUUGAUGGUGAUGAGAUGAACAUGCAUUUCCCACAGAACGAGCUGGCUCGAGCGGAAGCAAAUCUCGUAGCCAACACCGACAACCAGUACCUUUCUGCAACUGCAGGAAAGCCUCUAAGAGGUCUUAUCCAAGAUCACAUCUCCAUGGCCGUAUGGCUGACAAGCAAAGAUAUGUUCUUCACGCGAGAAGAAUACCAAGAGCUGCUGUACUCCUGUCUGAGGCCUGAGAAUGGACACACGACUUCAGGUACUUUGGUCACCCUUGAACCCACGAUAUGGAAGCCCCGUCCGCUGUGGACAGGAAAACAACUCAUCACUACAGUAUUGAAGAACAUCCAGCCAGCAGACUACCACGGUUUGACUUUGACGUCGAAGUCGCAGACAAACAAAAAUCUAUGGGGUCCGUUCACCGAAGAGCAAGAGGUCAUCAUACAGGAUGGCGAGCUCCUAUGCGGUAUCCUUGACAAGAGCCAAAUUGGUCCAGCAGGUGGCGGUCUAGUGAACGGCAUCUACGAAGCUCAUGGAGCCAGGUCUGCCGGUCAAGUACUCAGUGUUCUUGGUCGGUUGCUAACGAGGCUAUUGAACAUGCGUGCAUUCUCUUGCGGUGUUGAAGAUCUCAUUCUCACACGGGAAGGUGACGAAGCGAGACUGCAGGAGCUCAGGAAAGCGGAGAAGGUCGGGUUUGAAGUUGCCUCAAGCUACGUAACACUGGAUUCGAGCAAGAUCACACCGACCAACAAGGAGUUAAAGAGACGACUGGAACAGGUGCUCCGGGACGACUCCAAGUCGAAAACGCUUGAUAUGCUCACCAACGGUGCAUCGGCCAAGAUUUCUUCAGCUGUCACUCAAGCGUGUCUGCCCCAUCAGCUCAUCAAACUUUUCCCGAAGAACCAGAUGCAGACCAUGACAGGCUCUGGAGCGAAGGGUAGUCUGGUCAACGCCAACCAGAUUUCGUGCAAUCUCGGCCAGCAGGUUCUUGAAGGUCGACGUGUCCCAAUCAUGAUCAGUGGCAAGUCGCUCCCCUGCUUCAAGCCAUACGAGACCAGUGUUCGAGCCGGAGGUUACGUCGUCAACCGUUUCUUGACCGGAAUCCGGCCGCAGGAGUACUACUUCCAUACCAUGGCUGGCCGAGAAGGUCUCAUUGAUACCGCUGUCAAGACCUCGCGUUCAGGGUACCUCCAGCGAUGUGUCAUCAAGGGCCUGGAGGGUCUUCGCGUCGAGUAUGACACGUCAGUCCGUGAUUCCGAUGGUAGUAUGGUCCAGUUCUUGUACGGAGAAGAUGGUCUCGAUUCCACGAAACAAAAGUACCUCAAGGAUUUCAAGUUCCAGGCUGAGAACUUCUGGUCAUUGACCGAGUCUCUCCAGCUUGGAGACGCCUACGAGAAGGUCUUCAGCGAAGAGGCCACGGAGUACACCAAGUCCGCCUACAAGAAGUACAAGAAGAGCGGAAAACUCUCCGCCAAGGGUCCGGCUCUCGCAGAGUAUCCUCCCAGUCGCUUCAGUGGAAGUACCUCGGAGGCCUUCUACGCUGCGAAAGCUGAAUACCUCGACAAAAACCCUGAUGGUCUGAUCAAAAAGAAGAAGUCGGACGCAUCCGGUGACAUCCUGCGGAGAAACUUCGAAAGAAUCUUGGACGUCAAAUACCUACGCUCACUGGUCGAACCAGGAGAAGCUGUCGGUGUGGUCGCCGGUCAGUCCAUUGGCGAGCCUUCGACUCAGAUGACACUGAACACCUUCCAUUUGGCUGGUCACGCUGCCAAGAACGUUACUUUGGGUAUCCCGCGUCUUCGAGAGAUUGUCAUGACUGCUAGUGCCAACAUCAGCACCCCCUCGAUGACGUUGUAUCCUCAUAAAGAGAUGCCAGUCAGUGACAUGGACAAGUUUGCCAAGAGUAUCAGCCGCCUUCCUUUGUCGUCAGUGUUGGACAAGGUCACCGUGACUGAGAAUGUCGGCACCGGUACACAGUUCACCCAAGCCCGCCAGUACAAGAUCCGACUUGACUUUUACCCUGCCAAGGAGUACACGCAAGAGUAUGCCAUCCAGGUCCGCGACGUUGCUGAGUCGAUCGAGAAGAAGUUUUGCCCCCGAUUGCACAAGAUGGUUCGCAUGGAUCUCAAGAAGAAGGGUGAGAACAGAUCACUUUCCACAGCCAGAUCAGGGGGUGUUCCUACCAUCGGCGAAGCCUCUGGCAGCAUCGAGCAACAAACCAUUCGCCAAGAUGAUGCUGGCGAGGAAGGUGGCAGGGACGACGAUGUGAUGAGCGAUGAUGGUGAGGCGGAAGGCGACGCAACUGACGCCAAGCAGCGAGGCCGGCGUGAAGAUAGCGUUGAGUUUGACGCCCCCGAAGAAGGCGAGCAAGCUGCCGAAGACGUCGAUGCAGAAAGCGAGGACGAAACCUAUGGCGGUAGCCCCAAGGCCUCUCGUGCCUCCACCCCAGAGGCCGGGUCCGACGACGAGGACGCCGGGCCUCUGGUACCUUCCGAAGAGUCCUCCGAAAUCCGUGAAGGGCGCGUAACCCACGCCUGUGCCGACGUCUCCACCUUCAAGUUCGACGACAAAGCCGGUGCCUACUGCGAAAUCACCUUCGAGUAUAGCGUGCACACGCCCAAGAUCCUCAUGCUCAACCACGUCGAAGCCGCCGCCGAGUUCGCCACCAUCCACGUGAUCCCCGGCAUCACCAGCGCCGUGCUCGUCACCAAAGACUCGGGCACCGGAAAAGACCUCGACGAGCCCUACAUCCUCACCGAAGGCUCCAACCUGAUCGCCAUGCGCGACUUCGGCCACAUCAUCGACACCUCGCGCAUCGCCACCAACGACAUCCACUCGAUGCUCCGCCUCUACGGCGUCGAAGCCUGCCGCUCCUCCAUUGUCAAGGAAAUCCACGCCGUCUUCAGCGGCCACGGCAUCAGCGUCGACCAGCGCCACCUCAGUCUCAUCGCCGACGCCAUGACCAAGGGUGGCGGUUUCACGGCGUUCAACCGCAUCGGCAUGAAGAGCAACCCGUCGCCGUUCAUGAAGAUGAGCUUCGAGACCACGGUGGGCUUCCUGAAGGAUGCCGUGCUCGAAAAGGAAGCAGAGGCCCUGGAUAACCCCAGCGCACGGAUUGUGGUGGGCAAGCUGGGUUCGAUGGGCACGGGGAGCUUUGAUGUGCUUGCGCCGGUGCUUGUGCAGGAUCCGCUCCGGGAGGAGGUGCUGCCGACGGUGGACGAGGAUGUCGAGAUGGAGGAUGCGUAAUGGUGCUGUUAUCGUGUAUUGCUGAUUUUGCUUUGGCGUUCUGGCGGCAUGGACGGGGUUUGGAGCAUGUUUAUGUGUCAUGUUACGUUGCGCCAUGUAAAAGUUGAGUCUGUCGGUGCUUUGAAGAUAUUGCUGGCUAUGCCGUAUGGAUUCGCUCGGCUUAGCCUCCGCAGUUGAGCAGAAUACAAUCAGAAUUGUCCAUGUACAGUUCCGCCGAGUGUGGCCCACGUUUGAUUACAACACACAACCACCGGCCCAAAAGCCACAGCCACG